UACCAGCAGGAGAUCAUGGUCCUCCAGGACAAGCUGCGCCUUUCCAACAAGAAGCUGGAGGAAUAUGAGAACCGCUGCAAGAGCCAAGAUGAGCAGACGCAGAAGAUUCUGCUGGAAUAUCAGGCACGGCUGGAGGAGAGUGAAGAGCGCUUGCGCAGACAGCAGGAGGACAAAGAGAUGCAGAUGAAGGGCAUUAUAAGCAGGUUGAUGUCUGUGGAGGAGGAGCUGAAAAAGGACCACGCGGAGAUGCAGGCAGCUGUGGACUCCAAACAGAAGAUUAUUGAUGCACAGGAAAAGCGUAUUGCCUCACUAGAUGCCGCCAACGCCCGGUUAAUGAGUGCCCUAACGCAGCUAAAAGAGAGGUACAGCAUGCAAACACGUAACGGAAUUUCACCCACAAACCCAACUAAAUUGCAGAUCACAGAAAACGGUGAAUUCAGAAACAGCAGUAAUUGUUAA